AUGACACAUCAAGUGAGUGCCACUGUACAUUCCAUGGCCCCAAAACUAGAAGACCCCGGUGCUUUUACAAUCCCGUGCACUACUGAGAGUGCCGAUUUUGCCAAAGCUUUGUGCGAUUUGGGGGAAAGCAUUAACUUGAUGCCAUAUCCUGUGUUCAAGACAUUGGGGAUUGUGCAACCAAGGUCCACAUCCAUGAGGUUGCAGAUGGCAGAUAGGACAAUGAAGAGGCCAAUAGGGAUAAUUGACGAUCCUAAUAGCAACGAAGUAUGUUCAUUUGUGGAUCUUGUGACCGAGGUGAUUGUUGAAGACACCAGUGCUAAGAUUAAUGUGGAGGGACCUUUGAAAGCUGUGUUGUUGAACCGUGAUUUGACUUAG